AUCCUAAUAAAAGGCUUUUUUCUUAUAUGAAUUAUCCCUUUUGUACUGAUGUGAAAUAUAAAUAUACUUUGUUAGAAGUAGAUUCAAAGUUUUAAAAAAAAUAAGCACAUGAGAGUAGGAUUAGAGACUUUUUUGAUUAAGGGUAAUUCUUAUUAUCAACAUCUUAGCUUUUUCUUAUUUUUGAAGUCGGGAGGGAUACUGUAUUAGAAGAUACUAUGGAAUAAAUUUCAAGACCUAAUUUAAAUUUUAGAUUACCUUUUAAAGUUAAAUUUAAAGGCGAAUAAGGAAUAGAUGAGGGUGGUUUAAGAAAAGAAUAUUAUUAAAUUAUGAUAAAAAAACUAUUAAAUCCUGAUUUUGGAAUGUUUUUACCAAAAAACGAUGAUAGGUUUUUAUGGUUUAAUGGACAUUCAUAUGAUAUGCCUAUUUUAUAUGAAUUAAUUGGUAGUUUGAUGGGAGGAUUUUAUAAAGUUUUAAAUGGAGAAUUAAUUAAAAUGUUUUCUAGUUCUGAACUUACACAAGUCCUUGUUGGACUUGAAGAACUUAAUUUAAAUGAGUUAAAAGAAAAGACUUCAUAUAAAGAUGGUUAUGAUGAAAAUUCUGAUUAAGUUAAAUUUUUACUUUUCUGCACUGGAAGUGAAAGAUCUCCUAUAACUGGUUUAGGAUCACUUUAAUUUACUGUUAUAAGAAAUGGAGGUGGCGAUGAAUAAUUACCUUCUGCUCAUACAUGUUUUAAUUAUUUAUAAAUUCCUAUGUAUACUUCAAAAGAAUAACUUAAAAAAAAAUUACUUUAAGCAUUAGAAAAUGCUGAAGGUUUUGGUUUACAUUGA